AAUAUGUCAAACCAGACCACCGUGAGGGAAUUCAUUCUUCUUGGUCUGACUGACCACCGUGGCCUUGAAAUAUUGAUUUUUCUAUUGCUGUUAAGCAUAUACCUGUUGACCAUCAUUGGAAAUGUGGCGAUUAUUACAAUCACGCUGGUGGAUCACCAUCUCUGCACCCCAAUGUAUUUCUUCCUCCGUCAUGUUGCCUUUCUAGAUAUUGGGUACACCACCACCAUCAUCCCCAAAGCAUUGGCCAACAUGGCUUUGGGGAAGAGGACAAUCUCAUUACACGGAUGUUUCAUGCAGUUGUUUCUAUAUUUUGGCCUAGGUACCACAGUAUUCUUUCUGUUGGCUGUAAUGGCCUUUGACAGAUAUCUGGCUAUCUGCAAACCUCUUCACUAUUCAUCCAUAAUGAAUGGGCAAAUCUGCUCAUUGCUGGUACUUUGCUGUUGGAUUGGAGGUUUUCUGGUAAUUCUGGGUCCAACAAUGCCAUUAUUUCAGAUGCCAUUUUGUGGCCCAAAUAUCAUUGACCAUUUUUUCUGUGACAAUGGACCAUUAAUUAAACUUGUUUGUGCCGACACUGCUCUGCUAGAACUCACAGAUUCCCUCACAGGCACGUUGUCUCUCAUUGGGACUUUGGUUGUAAAUCUUGUGUCCUACAUUCAUAUUAUUUCCAGUGUCAUGCGCAUCCCAUCAACUACAGGAAGGCAGAAGGCCUUCUCUACUUUUUCUUCACACAUCACGGUGGUCUCCAUCACUUAUGGCAGUUGCAUUUUCUUGUAUGUCAAGCCAAAAGAAACUGGUAAAUUAGAGUUUGGCAAGUUGGUGGCUGUACUUAAUACCAUUAUAUCUCCUCUUCUGGUCCCAUUUGUAUAUUGCCUAAGGAACAAACAAGUGAAGGAUGCUUUAAGAGGUGCAUUUAGACAGGGUGUUGCAUUCUGCAGGAACUCAAAGUGA